UUCCUCCGGCGUCGCGCAUGCGCCGCUAUGGCCGGCAGCGGUUGGGAGCGGAGGGUGCUGCCCGUGUGCGUGGGGGCGGCGCUGGUGGGCGCGCUCGCCCUGGAGGUGGUCGCGGUGCUGCUGCUUCGGCAACGCGGAGGCGGCGGCGAGCGCGGGAGCGAGGCCCCUAAGACGGAAGCAUUCCCAUUUGUGUCGCUGGCAUCGCUGCUUUUCCUGCUGGGGAACGUGCUCGAGAACGCGCGCCGUUUCGUCACCGCCUCGCCCAGCACGCGCGGCGUUAUGCUGGCGGGGGCGGGGCAAGGAUGGGAUUACUGCUACUCCUGCCAAUCUCACGUGCCUCCCCGCUGCAGCCACUGUUUCUCCUGCAACGUUUGCAUCCUGCGGCGCGACCACCAUUGCACUUUGCUUGGCCAGUGCUUGGGAUACCAGAACUACCGCUACUUCCUUUGCCUGCUGCUACAUGGCUCUGUCGCCUUGCUGUACGGCUGCGUGAUCAAUGCUGAUGUGGUCCUAUCACUGCUCCAGGAGGGCACCUCUGUCCAGGCGAUGCUGCUGCUACUACUUCCCUGGCUUAUGUUACUGAUGGGGCAGGUGAACAUCACAAUCUUCAUCUUUGCUUUUGUGACUGACGUCUGCAUUGUUGGCUUCCUCUUCUGCACGGGCUUCCUGCUCUUUCACAGCCUGCUGGCCCUGCGUGGGCAGACGACCAACGAAUGGUUCGAAGGAGAUCGUCAGUACGACUUGGGCUGGAAAGACAACCUUCGGGAAGUGCUGGGGAAUCAGGGGCACCUGGUGUGGUUCAUGCCUUUCAUUGCUUCCCCUUUGCCGGGGGACGGGAUCACCUUCCGAACUAAGUGCCCCCAAUCUGAGCCACUCCCCAAAUCCCGUGACCUCUAAAGAAUUCUGCCAGCCGCCUUGCAAUGCUUAGGAUCCUUCCACAUCUACGCUCUGCUUUUGUGCUUUGGCUGUAUUACCCACUGAAUCCUUACAAAAUGUUGCCUGCCUGGAGGUCUGCACUGCUGUAAGCCCACAAGAUGGGGCUGGAGGAUCAAAGAGACAGGAUUCCUGGCCUGUUUUCCAAUAAUGUUUCCAGUAAUGUAGGGUGUAUUAAACGGCCUUAUUUGGAGUCGGAGAGUUGGUUCACCUAGCCUAGUAGUGACGGCUCUGACGGAUAGUGGCACUUUCCAGACCAGCUACAUAGAUGCUUCAGCUGCAGCUGCUGAGGAUUGAACCUGGGAUCUUAUGCAUGCAAAACAGGGCUCUACCAUUGAGCUUCUGGAUGAUGGAGGCACUCCCAGUGCCCUGAGAGGUAGAGUGUCAGGGCAUUCUUUGCAGGAGAUGGUGGUUUGGAGGCUUAAGGCAUCUCAUUUGAUGCUGAGCAGGCAUUGUAGGUUGGCAGCAUUAGACAGAAACAGUACUGUUCCUUCUUAUGGAUCUAUUCUGCUUCCCUGAGUCGCAACAGUUUUGAGAGGACAGCGGAAAGGCAAUGAUGGAAAUUCGAGCUGCAUUCCAGAAAAGUUGUCAGUCCACGCUGCUUGUAGGUGGUUUUAAUUUCUAGGUACUUUCAAUAGUAAAUCAGCCACCAGUGCAAACAGCCCCCCAGAGAGGAGGGCAAGAAUGAGAGGAGGGCAAGAAUGCCGGGCUCUUGAGAUGCCCACCUUUCCUUGUGGCCAUGAGUAAUGGAGAUGUGGGUUUUAAUCCUGUUUUAGCUGUGAGUUCCUUGGCUUAGUUUGGGGAAAGCUGCUAUUCUCUUCUGUUUCAGCUUUUCAUCUGACAUUGGGCCUACCUUUAGAUGUAAAUGCACCUUUUUACAUUAAAAUGCUAUUUAAAAUGACAACACAA